AUGUGGCGUCAAGGUGAAGUCCCGCAAGAUUUCAAAGACGCAACAAUCGUGCACCUAUACAAGCGCAAAGGUUACCGCCAAGUCUGCGUCAAUCACCGUGGCAUCUCCUUGCUGAAAAUCGCCGAGAAGUUCUUCGCUCGCAUCCUGCUCAACCGCCUAAAUAACCAUCUGGAACAGGGUCUUCUGCCGGAAAGCCAAUGCGGCUUUCGUCGUCAUCGUGGGACCACGGAUGUGAACUUCGCCGCCCGUCAACUUCAGGAGAAGUGUCAGGAGAUGCGGACCCACCUGUACUCUACCUUCGUGGACCUGACGAAAGAUUUCGACACGGUGAAUCGUGAAGGACUGUGGAAGAUCAUGCAGAAAUUCAGCUGUCCGGAGCGAUUCACUCAGAUGGUGCGUCAGCUGCACGACGGUAUAAUGGCGCGAGUCACGGACAACGGAGCAAUCUCAGAGGCAUUCGCAGUGACCAACGGAGUGAAACAGGGAUGUGUUCUGACGCCCACCCUAUUCAGUCUUAUGUUCUCUGCCAUGCUGAUGGAUGCCUAUCGUGAUGAAAGCCGGGGAUCCGCAUCGCCUACAGGACGGACGGUCACCUCCUGA